AUCCACUGGACAAGUGGAAAUCCGGUGAUCCAAACUACCGGUAAACUUCAUCUUCUCCCCGCCGAUCAAAAUUGUUCUAGAACACACACUGUAAAACUUGCAUAGUCAAUCGCAGAGACGUAUAUUAAACGUGCAUACACAGAGAGCAAAGAGAGAAGGAUGCAAUCUCCGUGUAUCUAUGCUUGCAAGUCCUUCAACGAGCUGCAACUCGCGGGGUUUCAAUCUCAUGUCUCACCUUCAACAUCAUUCUCAGCUCGGAGGCCCAAUUGCUUCUACCCCCGCAUCUCGUGCAGUUUCGGACCGGAGAAGGAGAGGGAGAGAGGGGUUAGGAGUGGGGAAUCGAUGAGUAGAGAGAAGGUGAAGGUGAAAGGGAAGGGAAAGGGGAAGGAUAACGUGUGGAGCAUCGACAGCGAAAUGACGAAGUCUGAGAAGGAUAAGGAGAAGACGAGGAGGAAGAAGAAGAGAGGAAACGGGAGGAGAAUGACGAGGAACACCGUCCAGAAGAGUAGAUGUGGUCGAGUCAUGGUCUCCGGUGUUAUGUUGAUUGAGACCGAAACCGUAUUACAAACUCAGGAACCUGUAAUUAGGCCUGUAUGGAGUACAUUUGCAAGUAGUGUUAGUGGAAUAUGGAAGGGAGUGGGAGCGGUGUUUUCUCCUGUGACUGCAGAAAUGGAGCCAAUUGAGGUCGGAAACAAGAACGAGUACCUCUUUGACUGCUAUACUCUUUCUCGUGUUGAAGCUGUGCCUCCACAGGCUGGGGGACGGACUUCUCAAAUCCAGAGGACAAUUAAUUGGGUAUCGUUGAAUCCUUAUGGUGAAGUUCAGGAGCUGAAAGAAGGUGAUUAUGGAAAUCAAGUGAAGGGUACAGAUGGAGAGAGAUCCUUGUCUACAAGGAAGACAGCAGAAGGAACUUUAACAAAACACAAUUUACCGAAAUUUGAAUCUUUUGACUUUGGAAAGAGUGAUGUGAUGGAGGAAGACAUAAUGGGAACGGAACCUGGUCUUGUGUUCUUUGAGGAUGGAUCUUAUUCAAGAGGCCCGGUUGAUAUCCCAGUUGGUGGCAUUGAUGACUCAAAGUAUUACCUUUCUCCAACGUUCAAGUUUGAACAGUGUUUGGUCAAAGGUUGCCACAAGAGACUCCGCAUGGUUCAUACUAUAGAAUUCAGUAACGGUGGUUCUGACAUUCAAAUAUUAAGAGUUGCUGCUUAUGAAGAACAGUGGGUUAGUCCCGCCAAUAUCUUGGACCAAAGCGACCUGGAUCUGGAGGUGAAACCAUUUUCACAGAGGAGAAGAGUUCAACCGGUAGAGCUGACCGGGUCCUGGAAGGUAUUUGAGAUGAGCGUGACACCUGUUUAUGGCGAGGAGAAUGAUACAGACAUCAACAGUGUGCCCGUUGUAUACCUCUGCAUGGAAACCCUAAACAAAAGAGGCUUGCCUGAAACUCCGGUCUACUUCGGGGAGGAGGACAUGCUAGACAUGCAAGACGCGACAAUACUAUGGCUUCCGGGAGGCGUGACCAGCUAUGUCGACGUGAAAAAGGAUGGAAUCCUGUGCAUCGGAGUCGGCUGGUAUUCAGAUGAGGGAAUAAACCUUGUCAUGGAAAGGGAUUAUGGAACAGAUGGGAAGUUGAAGGAGGUUAGGUGGAAGUCUGAAAUGAAGAGAAGGUGGACUAAUCCUCCUCCCAUGUAGAUAUUCUUGUGUUUCACUUCAUUUAUAGGUUAGUUUUUGUAUAUGUAUAUUUUGAUGAUUGAUUUUCUUUUGUAUCUUACAGUACUAUAUUGUCAUAAAUGGUGUUAAUUGCCCUUUUUUUCACCUUGAGUCAUA